UAAACUAGACCCACAAGGCCCCUGGAGCAUACACCUGGUGGGAGGGGCAGAUAAAAAACACACAGAGAAGUGGGAGAACAGGAGGGGAACUUUAAAUACGACUGGAUUUGAAGGUGUCUGCAGGCUGAGCACUAGUACCCUGCCAAGAUGCUUCUGGCUGCGGUCCUUGCCUCUGCCCUGUUCUUCUGCUCCGUGGCUGGCCAGGGGUGUUUAACCUCGGCAGGGAUCAUGGACAUCAACUUCCUCAUCAAGAAACUGCAGGAUGAUCCACCUUCAAAAUGCAGCUGCAGUGCCAAUGUGACCAGUUGUUUGUGUCUGCCCAUGUCUUCUGACAACUGCACCACACCAUGCUUCCAGGAGGGGCUGUCACAGAUGACAAAUACCACGGUGCAAAGAAGAUUCCCAGCGAGUUUCAUCCGGGUGAAGAGAACGGUUGAAGUCCUGAAGAACAGCAAGUGUCCGUUUUUUUCCUGUGAACAGCCGUGCAACCAAACCACAACGGGCAACACGCUGACAUUUCUGAAGAGUCUCCUGGAAGUUUUCCAGCAAGAAAAGAUGAGAGGGAUGAGAGGCAAAGUGUGAAGAUGAAAUAUUAUUUAUUCUAUUUAUUGAAUUUAAAGU